CUCCAGCAGUUCACCGGCUCUUCCAUCACCUCUUUCAUCACCAUGUCUUACUCCUGCUGCCUGCCCAAACUGAGCUGCCACACCAGCUGCUCCUCUCAGCUCUGCAUGCCCCCCAGCUGCCACAGUUGCACCCUUCCUGGGGCCUGCAACAUCCCCAAUGUGGGCAACUGCGGUUGGCUCAGCCAGGGCUCCUUCGAGAACAAGGAGAAGAAAUCGGUUAAGUGGUGAAAUGACAAUGCAAAUCAAAACAUGGAGAAGGUGCGGGAACUGGAGCGGGAGAAUGCGGAGCUGGUGCUGCAUCGUGAGCACUGCCAGCAGCAGGUGCCCUAGGCGUGCCGAGACUACCAGUCCUACUUCUGAACCAUCGAGGAGCUCCAGCAGAAGAUUCUGUGUACCAAGUCUGAGAAUCCCAGGCUGGUGGUGCAGACUGAUGAUGCCAAGCUGACCUCUGAUGACUUCAGAACAAAGUAUCAGACGGAGCUGUCCUUGAGGCAGGUGGUGGAGGCCAACAUCAACAGCCUGCGCAGGAUCCUGGCUGAGCGGACCCUGUGCAAGUCCGACCUGGAAGAGCUAUUUUGCAUCAAGAAGAACCAUGAGGAGGAAGUCAAGUCCCUUAGCCAGAUUGGAGACCGGCUCAACGUCGAGGUGGACACUGCACCUUCUGUGGACCUGAACCAUGUGCUGAACGAGACCAGGUGCCAGUUUGAGGCCCUGGUGGAGACCAACCGGAGGGACAUGGAAGAAUGGUACAAAAAUCAGUCUGAAGAGCUGAACAAGCAGGUGGUGUCCAGCUCAGAGCAUCUUCAGACCUGCCAAGCAAAGGUCAUGGAGCUGAGAUGCACAGUCAAUGCCCUGGACAUCGAGCUUCAGGCCCAGCACAACCUGAGAGAGUCUCUGGAAAACACCCUGACCCGAACCUAGGCGCAUUAGAGCUCCCAGCUGUCCCAGGUGCAGUGCAUGAUCAGUAACGUGGAGUCCCAGCUGGGUGAGAUCCGCUGUGACCUGGAGCACCAGGUGCUGCUGGACGUGAGAGCCCGGCUGGAGUGUGAGAUCAACACGUACCGAGGGCUGCUGGAGAGCGAGGACUGCAAGCUUCCCUGCAAACCUUGUGCCACCACUAAUGCUUGUGGAAACUCCUGCGAAUCCUGUUCUCAAACACGUUGCUGUUAA